UAAAAUAGUUGCCGCCGACGCCGGCCCGAGUCCCGACACCAAAACCGAGCACGCGGUCUUUGUCCCCUGCGCGUGGGGCUAGGGUUUCGUCGGCUUCGCUCGCAGUCAAGAUGCCCCGCUACGAUGACAGGUACGGUGGGAGCACAAGGCUGUACGUGGGUCGUCUCUCCUCUCGUACGAGGACAGAGGACCUUGAAGACAUUUUCAGCAGAUAUGGGAGAGUGCGUUACGUGGAUAUGAAGCAUGAGUUCGCAUUUGUUGAGUUUAGCGAUCCCCGGGAUGCUGAUGAUGCAAGGUACAACCUUGAUGGUCGGGAUAUCGAUGGAAGCCGCAUAAUUGUUGAGUUUGCUAAAGGGGUUCCACGUGGCCCAGGAGGAUCCCGUGAAUAUAUGGGCAGGGGACCACCUCCAGGUUCUGGCCGCUGCUUUAACUGUGGUAUGGAUGGGCACUGGGCUCGUGACUGCAAAGCUGGUGACUGGAAAAACAGGUGCUACCGCUGCGGAGAUAGGGGCCACAUAGAAAGAGACUGUCGGAAUAGCCCUAAGAAUCUCAGGCGUGGAAGAAGUUACUCAAGAUCCCCAUCCCCUCGUCGUGGAAGGAGCCGUGAUAGGAGUUACAGCAGGAGCCGCAGUAGGAGCUACAGCCGCUCACGAUCUCCAAGGAGGGAUACCCGUGAUGAGAGGCGAUCAAUGAGCCCUCGCGACAGCCGCAGCCCUAGGAGGAGCCCUCGCGACAGCCGCAGCCCUCAGAGGAGCCCUUCACCAUCCAAGGGGAGAGGCCAUAGCCCCAGCAGGAGUCCUGCACCAAGGGAACGCAAGGGCUCAGAUCACAGCAUGAGCCCAAGGAGAGCUGAGAGCCGUAGCCCAGCAGAUCACGAGCGCCGUGACAUCAGUCCGGUGGCCAAUGGUCGCAGCCCAAGCCCAGGGGACUACAAAGAAAACGGCAAUCAACGCCUUUCGCCCAGAGGAAGUGCAUCCCCCUGAAUUGGUUUUUGGGGAUUUUUCCUCUGUUCAUGAACCACCCCAAGCAUCUUUAUUAUUGAAUCUGAUUGCAAUCUUUUUGGUGUCAGUUGUAACUUUAAAGUGCACAUGAAUCAUUUUGCUUGCCUUUAUGCUAUGAAAAAAAUAGUGUGCAAAUCUUGGAAGAUUGUU